CGUAUUUCUUAACGUAAAAUCUCGUUCUGGUCGGUGACGUGUUUCCCUCGACAUCGAUUUCAUGUGGAGGCAUGAAACGGGAGCGUGUGCCAACAUAGUCGUUCUACCACCUAUAGCGGGCAGUCGCUCACACUGCGAUCUAAAUUAGACAUCUUCAGAUUGGAGUAACACUUUUACGGAAACAGAUUCACCUCGUAAGGGAGAGGAUUAGCUGUCUGUAGCCCCGUCAGUUACUUUUUGACAGUUGGUGCAAAAAGGAUGACUCUGCUCGACCUACAUUCAUGCUUAAGAAAUGUUCAGGGAAAUAUGAUUGAAUCUCAAGAUUACAACAAUUUUAGCAUAUGGAGAGCCACAUGCCAUGAAUACCCAGAGGGGGGAGAAAUGAACACACAACAACAAACAACAACAAUGUCAAUGACAGAACUAGGCCAUAGACCCGAUUCCAGAAGCCCAUUGCAGCCUAUGAAAACAAUGCUGAGUGCAAGUCCUGCAAAUGUUAUGCUAGGUGGGGACAAUGUGCAUCUCAAGAUUCUGGUGCCCAGCAUUGCGGCAGGAGCCAUUAUUGGCAAGGGAGGGGAGACCAUCGCCGCUGUACAGAAGGAGGCUGGGGCCAGGGUGAAAAUGUCCAAGGCCAACGACUUCUACCCAGGCACGACAGAGAGGGUCUGCCUCAUAAUGGGGGCUGCAGAAGCCGUCAGAAAAGUGCACAAUUUCAUUAUGGAAAAAAUACGGGAAAAACCCGACCCAAACCCCAAACCAGAGGUCUCGAAAAACAAUUUCGAACGGCACAGACAGGUAACGGUCAUCAAUGUGAAGAUCCUGGUCCCUAACAGCACUGCAGGCAUGAUCAUUGGUAAGGGAGGAAACUACAUCAAACAGAUCAAAGAAGAAAGCGGCGCCUACGUUCAGAUUUCACAGAAGUCCAAGGAGACAAACUUACCAGAGAGAUGCAUCACAGUGGCAGGUGACCUAGAAAACAACAAGAAGGCGGUUGAUCUGAUCCUACAGAAAAUUGUGGAGGACCCACAGAGCGGCAGUUGUCCCAAUAUCAGCUAUGCAGACUACACAGGGCCCGUGGCCAGUGCUAACCCCACGGGGUCCCCGUUUGCAAACUCGAACUUCAUGCAAACUCAAACGCAGGAGCUCUCUGGAGUGAACAGUAACAGUAUUACUGGUGCUGCCUUCGGUUUUGGAAUAAAUCCAAACACGUUUGGUGGGGGAGCAAACGUUGGAGUUAGUUUAGCUAAUUUGAAUUUAGGCAAUUUAUUUGGCGGCGGUCAAAUGUCGGUGGAGAACCUUAGAAUGGCCCUGAGGGGCAGUGGUUACUCUGAACACGCUGCGGAGGAGAUUAGUAGCGCCAUGGUCACGCUGGCUAGCUACGGCAUCCUGGGACAGCAGCCCAGCGUACAGCAGGCGCAGGCUCAGAUGAGCCACCAGGGCAUGAUGACCUCCCAGCAGGGGACGCCCACGCAGAACCCCCAGCAAGGCUACAUGAUGACCCCUCCAAGCUCCUCGGGUAACGUGUUCGGUCCCGUGGGCUCCGGGUCAUCAGGGCUCGGAAGUUCGGGCUCCACUGCUGCCAACUCUAGUCUAUUCGGCAGUUCCUCGCCCAGUGUCCAGCAGGAAAGGUAUGGCGGCAGCCCCAUGUUGAACGAGAGCUACACAGGCCCACAGGGGUAUCACGGGGCCCAGGGGUUUGCUGCAGCCCAGGUAGGGGCUGAACGGUCACCUACCAUUAAUAUCAACCAAAACUCAUUUGGUCUGGGCACUGGCAUGUACAGUCCGACGGAAGAUAAGUCGGCGACGGCGAAACAAGAUUUAGAGGUUCCAGAAAGUAUAGUUGGAGCGAUACUUGGUCCUGGUGGAAAGGGGAUUGUAGAAUUACAGCAGUUCACCCAAACCAACAUACAGAUCUCGAAGAAGGGCGUGUACAUGCCUGGCACGCGUAACCGAAUUGUUACAAUUACAGGAAACCCCACCAACAUAACUCGCGCUCAGUAUCUUAUACAACAGCGUAUUCAACAAGAAGAAUUAAAACGGGCUCGUCAGGCACAGCUUUCUGGUCGCUAACACUGGCUUUGUGUUAGGCUAUAAUAACUUUUUUACACUAACUAUCUUAACAGACAUUUUAAUGCAAAUAUUUCAUUCAUCUUGUUUUACGUCUACUCUCUAUAACUGUGUUACAUUCACCGCAUGAAGAUUUCAUCUGUCACUGCAUGAAGAAAUCAUCUGUUUUCGUUGGGCGAAGUAAAAACAAAAGUAAAAGCCAUUGACUUGGGACAUGUCAAAAACUGUUCACAUCAGUAAGUUACUUCUUUGCUGCUUUUAUAACCAUCUUCUAUUCGACUUGUCACCUGCAUGCUUAGAGACUGUAUCGAAAAUAAUCAGUUUUUAUAUGGAACAGCAUCUAAUCUAUGUAUAAUGUGUAUAUAUAGCCACGUAAACAGCCGAUCUCCCCUAGAAACUCGGAUACAAAGUACGUCAUCCAUCACAGAGCAUCCUUCAUUGUUCCAGGAAGGUCCAUUCACACAUGGAAUGUUCCUGUUUUAAGUUUUAGAGAAUAUUUAAAUAGGCAUGGUCUUAACUAUCGGUGUAAAUAGUCGUGGCAUACAGACUUUGUCCAUUCAUUGUUGCUAGAUGAGAUGUUAUUUUAGCUGUUUUAUUAGUGAAGAAUGUAGCAUUUUACCUGCAUAAGUAAGCACCCGGGUUUAAAGUGAAUGUUUUAUUUAUUAUUGUUGUGGAUACAGUUUUUGUUGUUUUCUUUCUCCACUUUAAAAAAGUUUAUUUAAAAAAUUGUUUUGUUUCUUUAGGGGACACUGAUGCAUUGUCUGCUUUAUUAUUCUAAUUAUUAAUAUGUAGUUAGAGGUGUUUUUGUUCUUGGUAGCAAGCAUCAUUCUUAAUAUAGAUAUUGUAUUAUAUAUAUAUUUGAUAUAUAUAUCUGAUUGGGAAAUUAAUAUAUCUUUGUUAACAUGUAUUGUUUAGUCAUAUUGUUGAUUCUUAUUUAAAGACUUUGUUACUAAGAUAUGUUAUUGUGUGUAUAUUCACAAGUAUUUUGUGUGUGCGUGUAGUAUCAAUUAUUAUUAUAUAUUGCUGCCCACACUAGCAGUUUGGUUUCAUUUGUAAUAGUUAUUAUUUGAUAUAUUGGAUUUUUCAUAUAGAUUUAAUUCGGAGAUAAUGAAUUUUAUAAAGUGUACGCAUGUAUAAUGCUAUUAUUUAUAUCAGAAGUAACACUGUUUUAGUGUGCUGUUUAAAUUUGAUUAAUUAUUUAUAUAGUCUUGUUAACUGAAUUUGUUUACAUAACAUACAAUAAUUUUUGUUAAUAAAAAUUGACAUGAAAAUUUCUGUUUCUUUCAUGGUGAUAAUGAGUCAUGAAAAUCUUUGCCAAUUAUUGAUAUGAUGAAUAACAUCACUAUCAAUUACGUAACAACGUAGAAGAAAUGUAUACUAAAAUACAAAAAAAUUAGGUGUCUUGAAGUCAAGAUAGUUAAUCCGGAGUUAAUAUUCUGAGGAUGGCCUCGUGUGGUUUGUCACUAUAAUCUUGACACGGGUAGCAUGUGUAUUUUAGUUUUCGUUGUCUGCAUUUUCUUACUCACAGAUUAAAUUUUACCCCGAGUUGAUAUUCGGGAAAGAUUCUUCUAUAUACAUAUUCAGUUUAGUUAUUUUAUGUUUUCCCUUUUUUAUUUUGCGUGUUUUACAAACAAAAAGCAUGCUUUCAUUGUAUUUAGACUUGUGCGUCACUAGUGUGACCUUCCCUUUGAAAAAAUCGUGAUAGAUUAUUAAAUUUCUGGGAAGUUGUAGCCUUCUUUUGUUUUCCACUUUGUUGUACUAGAUCAUGUUACGGGCACAAACUGUGUGCAGGUGGUGGUAAAGAAUUUCAAGCAGGCAUCGUGACGUCCCAAAAUGUGUUAUCCCCUUACCACUUAGUGAUGUGUUUUGACGCAUUUGUAGUCCCAUAGAAAGUCAAAUUUAAUUCAAGACCUUUACCACUUAAUUCAAGUUUUAAGGCUUCAUUUCCAACCCUUAGAUACUGAUGAGCAGCAAACAGCAUAAAAUCUGGACUGCGGGUUACUCACAGGCUGUUCUGGUUUUAUGCUGUUUGUUCAUAGCCAUUUUCACUUUGCUUCUGAGUGGGAAAGGGUAACACAGCGGUUUCAUCUUUGAUAUUUGAUAACAAAGAAUGCUGAAACUAUUCUGUGGAAGCCAUUAAAAAACAUGAUUCCUUGGAAAUAGAUUCUGGUCUGAUAGUAAUUAAUUUAAGAAAAAACUUAACUUUAAGCUCGUGUUUGUUUUGUUUUUUUACCAUCACCAGUACAUAGCGGCCUCGGAAGGUAUUAUAUCUUUAAAAAAAAGAAAUCAUUUAUCAGCCCUCGUGUAUUGAAGUGGAUCAUUCUGUUUUCAUUGUAAUUGUUGUUCAUUAUUCAGUUAUAAGCCAGUAAGAAGGAGGUAGCCUGACACGGCAUAAAACCACAAGACAGCAUGGGUACUAAAAUCUGUAAGAAAACAUCUCUAAAAUCGUUUUGGUGAGUUUAGUAUGUCUUUGAAUGAAUUUAUGAUGCGUUAUUGUUGAAAUGAUAUUGCAAACACUGAAAAGGUUUUGUAUUAUUAUUUUUUUUAACAACAAUAUGUUCAAAUUUACCUGGCUUGAUCAAAAUGUUUAAAUAGUCCUGAGCAAAUUACUUUAAGUUAAUAAUACUUGCAUUAGCGUGUGCAGAACUGAGGAUUAAACUUCUUUUGGAAGUUUUGGUUUGUUGUUUUGGGAUGAGGUUUGCAACCCGUCAUGUAACUUGUGGUGUUGUGCAGUGAAAGAGCUACUGGCAGUCAAACAUCAGUCCUUUCUAACCAGCUACUAGGUCUUUCACACAUGAACUGGGUUUGAAAGGGCCUUAAGGUGAGAGGGGGUCCUGGUAGAAUCAGGGAGCAAGUGUUUUAGUUCCCCAUUUUAAGGUCCGGUCUUGUUGCGAUGUUUUUUGUUUUCGGGGUGGGGUACCUUCCAUUUUGGCCAAUUCUCGGCCGACAUUAGAAAAUGCCACAUUGAGUGCUGUGUAUGGCUACCAGCUUUCCAAUCAACAGAGUGUACUGUGAUAUGUAACAAAUAUAAUCAACAUAGCUUUCAUUUAUCAUAACUGUAUUUAUCGUGUACAUAAAUUGAUGUGGCAGUUUUUACUGUGGUUUAAUGUCUGUUUUAACGCACAGUUUUAAUUUUUCUUGUAUUAAGAGACUUUUAAACCGUCAUUCAGAUUAUCAUGUUUGUAAAUAAAAGUCAUAAACAUCAUACUAAUCAUUCUUUGAAUGUAAUGGUUACUUAAAAAGUUGCUGCAAAAAAUUGUUUCGUUUUAAUUUCCAACUUGUGCCAUUAACAAUAAUUAUUAUAAGUACUAUUUUAAUCACUCAGUUACUUUUCAUGGAAGUAUUUUAUCAACCACCGACUUGACAGCUCAUUUUGAUUUUAUAGUUUUAAAAAUGUCUUUUAAAAACAGAGCAUCUUUAAACUAGCAAUUCUAUGCAAUUUAUAAUCAUAAGCCUUAAAUAGAAACUAAAGUUUUUGUUACAAGAAGGUAUCCCACCCCAUUCUGAUAGAUUUGUGGCAUUGAGAAUAUGUGAUAAAUUUGUAUAAAUGGGUACAUGAAUGAUGUCAUUACUUCUACAGGGACUAUAGUUGUUGUUUUGUUAUGAAGAAUUGUGAUUUAUACAAGGCCAGAGUGUUUUUUUAUGUUUCAUCCAGAGUUUAGCUAAUAUAUAAAAAUUUAAUUGUUUAAUAUUAGUUUAAGAUAACUGUACAGUUAUUUGUGAAGUAUGUUGAAAUGUUAAAAUACUUUGUUGGUAGUCAUUUACUUGACUGACAUUUUGUUGAGCUUUUUGUUUUGUUCUCAACUGUAAAAUAGACUACAUACAUCGUUUCUUUCAUUAUUUCCAUUAAAACUAGUCUGCUAAAGAAUUAAAAAUUCCAUGUUUCAUUUCAAAACAUAUUGCUUAAUUGAUCAGCACAAACGUUAAAUAGUAUUACUAAAAUUUCAUUUGAGUGCUUGAUAAACUAACUGUGAAUGAUGUUUAGUACAUUCUACAGUCAUUUUUAAAAAUAGGCAUCUGACAUCUUACCAUUGAAGGGGCUUUUUUUAUCUGGGAACAUGUCAUUUGCCCUGAUGUUAUUGUUUUACCUCAGAACGUUGUCCAUGUUUUUUGUAGGUUUCACAAUAUGUUCACCUGUUAAGUUCCAGUCAAUUUUAGCAAAGAGGUAAUGUGAACAUGAUAAUGUUCGAUAGACUUAUGGUUUAGUUUUUCACCAAGGCUUCAUGAGUUUAAUGAAGUGCAAAAUAUCAUUUGUGAAGAUAGAUUUACCUGUGCCAAACUGUAAAAAAAUAUUUAGGCAUUAUUUGCAAAACUUCAAUGUAAACCAAACCUGAAUUUAUAAGCACGCUUGUAAUUUUGACUGUUUUGAUCAACAGAUAACUUUCCCUAAUCGUAUAACAUUUUGUUCUGUUGUUUGUCAUUUAUUUACAGGUCAAUAUUGGUUCCUGGCAUGGUUUGGCAUAGUUAAAUUUGUCUGGAUUCCCUAGAGCUGUAAUGAUGAUCAUUUAUGUACAAAUCCCUCAGAUCUGUCGGUCUUGCUUACCCAUUCUUCAAAGAGCCUCCCACGCUGUGUUGAAACUCUGGCCAUUUGAUGGAACUCGGGUCAUCAAAUGGCAACUUAAAGGUUGAGCUUUGUUGAUAAUCAAGCUGAAACGCUUUCUACUGUUGAAAAAAAACACACAAGAAAAACCCUCAAGAUAUUGGAAAAUAAUCUUUAGCUUUUUUCCUGAGAAUGCAAUUUUAUUCGGGGUCAGAUUCCUUGUUUGAUAAUGGGUAAGCGAGAUGUCACUUAUUCUCAUGUUUGUGUGUGCUAGGGUGGCUGGUUGUAGUGGACUUGUGUACAUGGUAUUUGCAUUUUUAUCUCCAUGACGGAAUGCGCUUCUAUUUAUAGAUCUGAGGAUCAUCCAUGCAUUUUGUUGUUGUUGUUGUUUUUCUAAGCCACUCCAAACAGUGUAUUGUUUAAGUAACACUUGUCUAUGUGAGUGAUGUGUUAAUAUUACAGAAUAUAGGUUUCAUCCUGAAGAACCUUAGCUUGGGGUUUCUGACGGGACAGUGUAAUGAUGAACAAAAUGAUAACGCUGUUGUACUGUUAAAUUUGUUGUUGGUCUCGGACCUCUGGUAGCUCCUAUAAAUGUUUGUUGUAUAGAAAGCAAAUCAGUUGCUUUACGCAUACACAAUUUUCGACAGUUUUUUGUGUGACUGCUGGCAGGACUGUGGAAGAAAUACAGAGAACUGUGUAGCAGCUGACAUCAGUGUGGCAAGGUCAUUAUUGAGUCACCAAGGUCCCCCACUUUCAGGGCAGGCUAUUAUUGUACCCUGCUUGUAUAACAAAUGUGAUCACGGAAGGGCAUCAUAUACCUAGUUUCUUUCUGCUACAAGUUACUUCAGAAUUUCAUACUCAGUGUGUUAGGAGCUUUAUAUCUUGAUUAUCAAUUUUUUUAGGAAUUCUUUAAAUUACUGUUUAUUUCAGUAUUAUAAUAAUGAACAAUUAUGGUACUUUUUAAUUCUGACUAGAAUAGUCAUAGCUGUUGGGUACAUGCAAAAAUAAUUGUAUUGGUUAUAAUGCAAACAAAAUAUUUUCAAAAAUGUCAAAAUAAUCAGUAAAAAAGUUUUGCACUAGUCCCAUCUAUGAGUAAAAAAUUAUUAACCGGUAUCCGAGAUCCUUAGCAGCCAGUCUAGUUUUUACAUUAUCACCUCUAAACGCCAGUCAUUCGGGGGUAGCUUGUGGCAUUUUUCAUCGCUGUUAGUACCAGUUGGUGUGUGCCAAAUAACAUUCCUCAUCCAAUACACAGUUAGAGUUUACUUAGAAAUCAUGGGAGUUUCACAUUUGUUAUUAUCUAUUUAUUUAUUUAUUUAUAAGACUGUGAUAAUUCUUCAAUUAUUAUUAUUUUCCUUUUUUGCAUAAAGUUAAAUAUCAUCUAUAACAAAUCACACUCUGUGACCCUUGAUAUUCCUUCAUGUUGUUACAGAUGUCAUUCAAUGUAGUUAGGAAGUUUUUUUUACACAUUUUUUCGUCAUAAAGAUAUUCCUCCCUUAUAAAGAGAACCGCGCUCCUUCACAAAACAAGUUACGAAGUCUUUCAGAAAUGUGCUAUGUUUGUAAAGUAUGGUCUUCACAUUUGUUGAUACAUCUCUGUAUAAUGGCUGGCCAUUUUGGAAGGGAGACAACUGACUGCCAUCUGAGAGCUUUACUGCAAGAGUUGUCUUACUUUAAUGUGUACAAUUCCUGUUAUCAUAGUCACCUAUAUUUAUUGCCUUCCAUUACAUGGUAUUAUCAACAUCAUCAGAUAUGACUUGUGAAGUCCCUUUCAAAGAUAGAAGACCCCACAAAAGCCUCAGAUGGGCAAACUUUCGUAGCUUAAACCAUUGCCCCUUCUAGAACGGUCGGUCAUAGUUUCCACUCUGGAAAGUGGAAAUAAAUCUGUCAUCCUGUUAAUUCAUCCAUUUCGAUUAUGUAUUUUCCUGUUGCUAUAGCAGCAGAUAAUACUUUUGUUUUUUUGUCAUGGAAAAUGGUUGUGCAGAUAUUACUGCAAAUACCUGACUAGCUCAUGCAAGAUGAUUAAGGGAAAUAAAACUUGGGCUGAAUA